CUUGCCUCGUCAGGGAUCGACUACAAUAUUAAAAUCUGGUCACCUCUGGAGGCGUCGCCGUCCUUUAACAGAGUCCUAGCUGACGAGGUAUGUUUGGUAAACGAUUGAUUCAACCUUAGUGACAGACAGUGGGUAGACUUGGGUUCACUUCUGUCUCAUCCAGUAGAGGGGGUGGAUUCCCCACUGUGUGAGACUUUCCCCAUAGAGUCUCUGGUCCUCUACAAGAGCUCUAACAACAGCUGACUGGAGACGCCUUGCCCCAGGAGGCUUACCUAUCCCUCCCUGUACCCUCCCUCAUUACCCACCUCUGUUCUCUCACCUCCCUUUUUUUCUCCCCUCCCUAUUAGCUUUUCUGUUCCCACUCCCACGUUACCCCUUCUCCGCCCUCCCUUACCAUUCAACUGCUCUCACCAGUCCCACUCCCAACUUCAGAGGAUGAUAGAAAUCACAUUAUCUUUUGAUGUUUCUGAUUUACUGGUAGCAUUUGCUUUCUUUUACCUUCUCUCCAUCUCCCUCUUUCCCUUUCAGGUGAUCACGCGUAAUGAGUUGAUGCUAGAGGAGACCAGGAACACCAUCACAGUCCCCGCCUCCUUCAUGCUGCGAAUGCUGGCCUCCCUUAAUCACAUAAGAACG